CGCUACUCAGUACAGCACUGAAACUCCGGCUCGGAUUUCCUCACAGUCGCAGACGGAUUAUUGUGCGCUGUUUCUUCACCGGUUUGACUUUAUUCUACCUCUGUUUCGACUUUUGCCCCAAUUUCUCUGAGGAUGUCGGUGGCGGGUUUGAAGAAACAGUUUCAUAAAGCCAGUCAGUUACUGAGUGAGAAGAUAAGUGGUGCAGAAGGGACAAAGCUCGAUGAGGAUUUCAUGGAGAUGGAGCGGAAAAUAGAUGUCACCAACAAGUCUGUGUUCGAACUCCUAACCAAAACCACAGAAUACCUUCAGCCAAACCCAGCAUCGCGAGCCAAACUGGGGAUGCUGAACACCGUGUCAAAGAUCAGAGGACAGGUAAAGACCACUGGUUACCCACAGACAGAGGGGCUUCUGGGAGAUUGCAUGCUCCGGUACGGCCGUGAACUUGGAGACGACUCUACAUUUGGCUUAGCUCUGUUGGAUGUGGGAGAGACUCUGAAACAAAUGGCUGAUGUUAAAGACUCGCUCGAUAUCAACGUGAAGCAGAACUUCAUCGAUCCGCUGCAGACACUGCAGGACAAGGACCUGAAGGAGAUUGGGCAUCAUUUAAAGAAGCUGGAGGGACGGCGGUUAGAUUUUGACUAUAAGAAGAAGCGGCAGGGAAAGAUUCCUGAUGAUGAAAUCAAGCAGGCUGUUGAGAAGUUUGAGGAGUCCAAGGAACUUGCUGAGAGGAGCAUGUUCAACUUCUUAGAAAAUGACGUGGAGCAGGUGAGUCAGCUAGCAGCUCUGGUCGAGGCAGCGCUGGAGUAUCACCGUCACUCCUCCGACAUCCUGGAGGAACUCAGUGGCAAAUUACAGAGCAGGAUAAACACAGCAAGCAGCAAACCUAAGAAAGAGUUCAAGCCAAAGUCCAUCAUGUCCAGCCUGGAGACCAUCAAUAUCAGUCAGCAUAAUGGCGUCUCCUACACUUCCUCUCUAAAAUCCACAGAUAUUCAAGUGAACCACAGUGUAAAUGGAAAAAUUGAUUACAUCAGCCAUCCUUCUCCUAUUAAUCCAGCGUGGUCCGAAAGCCCCACAGUGAACAGUCAGACAGAGGUCCACAUGGACCAGCCGUGCUGCCGCUCUCUGUACGACUUCGAACCCGAGAACGAAGGGGAGCUCGGCUUCAAGGAAGGAGACAUCAUCAUCCUCACCAAUCAGAUUGACGAGAACUGGUACGAAGGGAUGAUCAACGGCGAGUCAGGCUUCUUUCCCAUCAACUACGUCGAGGUCCUAGUGCCCCUACCACAAUGAGGCUUGUAAACACUGACUCUGUACAAGAGACACACACUAUGGAAACGUCAUCUUUUUCUGCUUUAUUUUUCAGCAUCUAAGAGUAGUGAGUCAAGACAACUGGAAUUGAUUUAUAAUCUCGAUGAGUAAAGAAAAGUCUCAAAAGUUAGAACAAGUCCAGUCACCUUGAUUCAUUAUUUCUAGACAUUUAGUGACCUGGAUGCCUGAAAAAACUGGUAGGCUUUAUUUUUCUGUAUUUAUUUCUCUUUUAUAUGCAGUAUCCGCGGUGCGCUUCUGAUUUAGCCUUUGGCAUUUGUUCAGCACUCUUUUUUUUUUCAGCUGUGUGAAUGGCUAGCUCUCUACUUUUUUGUUUGUCUUUUUUUUUAAUUUCGGUUUGUACGUGGUUUAGCGGUUUGAGUGCCUGCACUGAGCUUACAUGUCACCGAAACAGUUUAUAAAAUGUGAGUACUGCGACUGUACUACUACUCAUGGGAAUGUUUAUCUCCCCAAGUAUUUAAUCUCUCUCUCUCUCUUUCUCUUGCGCACUUGCUCUUUUUUUUUUUUACUGUUUACAUGUGAUUUAUUGCGAUUAUCUGGAAUCAUGACAGCAGUAACAGAUGUUAUAUUGGGAACGAUGCAGAGAUUGAAGUACAGGGAGGGCGAAGUGGCAAAAAGAUCACGUCACAAUACUUUUCACACAAUGCACAAUAUUUAUCGUCACUAAGGUUUCGUUCAAAAUCUUGCCAGCAGCAAAUUAAGAUAAAAUGAAAUAAUUGGAUUAAAAAAUACGCUACCAAUUAGCUACUUAGUAGGCAGGGUUUCUCAACCUGUUUUGGACAGUGACCCAUUUUAAAGGACCAAUACGUAAAGCCUGUGUCACACUGUCUCGUAUCUUGCCACGUAAGCAACGUAUGGGUCAAACGGCAAGAAAUGAGGCGUAUUUUGUCCAAAAUUAAAGUCCUGUGACGUACACGGCGUAUAUGUGACGUUUCUGUGGCGUAUCUGGGGUUUGUAUGGGGUUCAAGGGACGUAAAGUUAUGGCAUACUGAGGCGUAUGAUGCGUUGCUGUGAUGUAACCGUUCCGUUGCUUUCGUUAGCGUGCCGUUUCGUUUUUAUGUGUGACGUUGCUGCUGUGUACCUGCGGCGUAUCGACAGCGCUUUGUAUACUGUAAAAAAAAAAGACAUUUUAGGGUGUUUAGGGUAUUUACAUGAAACACCAGGGUAUUUAAAUAAUACUUCAAUGUCUUCUAGAAAGGCAUGGAUGUACAGUGUCUUGCGAAAGUAUUCAUCCCCCUUGGUGUUUGUCCUGUUUUGUCGCAUUACAAGCUGGAAUUAAAAUGGAUU